GCCACCAGAAAUCCAUCUUCCAACCGAACCUCAUUCUCCUUCCAUCGAAUCUGCGAAUCUCCCACUCCUCUAUAAAGCUCAAUCCGCCUAGAGGAGCGAGAAACAUUUGCAGAAAACCAAGAGAACAGCAGAGCCGCUGACGACGAUAUAGUAAUGUCGAUCUCGGACCCUUGGUCUGCUUUCUAGCGAACCGACCAGUUACCAAUUCGUUCCCCUUUUUGCUUUAAUUUUGCAUUUGUUUCCAGCGAUAAUCGCAUGAAGAAAACCAGAGGUUUCCGGCUGGGCCGCCGGCUCGUGAAGGUCUUCAAGUGGGUAAUCCGGCCAAGAACGAAGCCCAGAGCCUACCAGGUUCUGAACCCGCCCCAAAGUUCAACCUGCAAAGCCAUUUCCAAGCUCUGGAGCUGGAGCCGUUCUCUGAAGCAGGGAGCGCUGGGGCUCUGUUUCCCGAAACCGGGUUACGUCCGGGUUGGCCACGAUCCGGAAUUCUCUAAUCAGAAGAGCGUGCCAAAGGGCCACCUGGCGGUGUACGUGCGCGAGAAGGACAACGACACCCACCGGUAUUUGGUGCCCGUGAAUUACUUCAAUCACCCGCUGUUCGGGAGCUUGUUAAAGCAGGCUGAGAAGGAGUUCGGGUACGAUCAUCGGGGAGGGAUCCAGAUUCCGUGCCGGGUGUCCGAGUUCGAGAGCGUCCAGACGAAAAUCGCGGCGACGGCCAGGGGGCGGAGCUGGAGACCCAGGAGCUUGACGUGUUAACGAGUUACGGCAUUGAACAACGAACCUGGGAUCAAUGUAUUGUAAUUAGGAUCUUCGGGAUUUCUUAUCGAUACCGUACUUAUUUGACAUUAGGUUAGGGCCAUAGAUUUUUUUUUAAUUUAUUUUCCUUUCUUUGUUAAAUUGAGAUGUGUAAAUUUCAAUAUGUUUGGAAAUCAAGAAGAGGAAUGCACCAUCAUUUGCUA